GCUCUCAUCCAUCUUUGAUUUUUUUCUCCGGUAAAUCUCCACAGCCACCGCCUUGCACAACGAAAAAUAAAAUUAUACACCAAUCGAGAAAGAAGAUCCAUCUGUGAUUAAUUAUCAGAAGAAGAACGAACCUACUUACCGCCGAUAAAUAGAUAAAAGAACGAACCCCCUCCCCACCCCCACCGGCGGUGGGGGUUUCGCUGCGCCUUUCCAGGGCCGUCGCCAACCGUCGUCGGUGUUCACUUAGUUUCCUCUCUUCUCUGAUCUUAGUUUUGUUUGGGUUUACGGCGGUUUGAGAACGUACGUAGAAGCUAAGCGGAGAUGUUGACGAUCAAAAAGGUUGCUACGGUCGUUUCAAACUACCAGGAGGAGGCGUCGGAAUCCGCCGCUGGCUGUGGCCGCAAUUGCCUCGGAAAGUGCUGCUUACCUGUGUCAAAGCUUCCUCUAUAUGCAUUCAAGAAAGAUGGGGAGAAUUCAAAUAGAGAUGAAGAGGAACCUGGUAACAUGGGUUUUCUGCACAACUUGUUGCUGGGACAGUGGGAAGAUCGCAUGAACAGGGGGCUUUUCCGAUACGAUGUCACAGCAUGCGAUACAAAGGUCAUACUGGGCCGAUAUGGAUUCAUUGCCCAGCUGAACGAAGGACGCCACCUGAAGAAAAGGCCCACUGAGUUUCGGGUCGACAAGGUUCUCCAGCCCUUUGAUGAGGCCAAGUUCAAUUUCACCAAGGUUGGCCAAGAGGAAGUCCUUUUCAGGUUUGAGCAGAGCUGUGACCACAAGACUCAUUUCUUCACAACCUCACCUGCUCCUACUUCUUCUGUUGAUACCAAGCCCCACAAUGUUGUUGCCAUUAAUGUGAGCCCAAUUGAGUAUGGACAUGUGCUUCUGAUACCACGUAUUCUGGAUUGCGUGCCACAGAGGAUUGAUCAUGAGAGCUUUCUAGUUGCUCUUCAUAUGGCCAGAGAAGCAGCAGAUCCUUUUUUUAGACUUGGUUACAAUAGUCUUGGAGCUUUUGCCACCAUCAACCACCUUCACUUCCAGGCAUAUUACCUAGCCAUUCCCUUUCCAGUUGAGAGAGUUUUAACCCGAAAACUUGCGAUGAAGGGGCUGCACGAUGGCGACCGGGGUGUGAUGAUUUCUCAGCUGGUGAAUUAUCCGGUCCAGGGUCUUGUUUUUGAAGGUGGAAAUUCUCUGCUUGAUCUAUCGACUGCCGUUGCUGAUUCCUGCAUCCUUCUCCAAAACAGCAACAUCCCUUUCAAUGUUCUCAUCUCUGAUUGUGGCAAAAAAGUCUUCCUCUUCCCUCAGUGUUAUGCAGAGAAACAAGCACUGGGAGAGGUAAGCCAGGAGCUGCUAGACACACAAGUAAACCCUGCAGUGUGGGAGAUCAGUGGACAUAUGGUGCUGAAAAGGAGGAAAGAUUAUGAGGAAGCAUCGGAGGUGUACGCAUGCAGGCUUCUCGCAGAAGUUUCUCUCCCAGAGGAGAGGUUCCAAGAGGUGGUGAAAAUCAUCAUGUUGGAAGCCUUACCGGGUUCGCCGUUGCCGGUGACCGGUGUGGAAACAGACGGCAUGAAUGAGGAGGACAACGCCCUUUACAAGGCCCCUGCACAGCAUAUAUCUCAGGAUUGUAUAGUUCUUCAGUAAAAGAUUAGUAGUGUUUGGCAAUUUCAGUUUGAGUUACAUUUUGCCUGAUAGUUUGGGGAAAAAGAAGGUUGUGACUCUGCAAAGUCAGAUCCCCUAGAGGCAUGGACCCAAUUUGUGUUUAUACUUAGAAAGCUGAGAUCCCUUUUGUACAGUUUUUUUGAAAAUCAUGAACUUAGAGAAAGUAUACGUUUUUCUGAUCCAAAA